AUGGUACACCCUCACACAGCGGUGGGCAUCGCCCAGGUGGUGUUCUACGCCCCCAUGCUACCAACGGCAAUCUUUGUCCUCGUGAAGAAUUGGCGGCAGCCGCCUCGAAUGGCAUGGUACCCCCUGGUGACAUUUUGCCUCUUACGUCUGGCUGGUGGAAUCAUCUCCAUCAUCCGGGGACCGCAACCUCGCAACAUUGGCCUCAUUAUUGCCGAUAGCGUCCUCCUCAACGUUGGGCUGAUCCCGCUCCUCGUGUCAUUAAUCGGCAUCAUGCGCAUCACUCUCAACUCAAGCCUUGACAAGAACUCUCGUGCCCGACAGUUCCUCAAGGCUGUGCGAUUCAUCUUCCUCGCCGCCAUCGUCCUUCUGGCCGUCGCCGGCGGUAUCAGCAGCGACGACUCUUCCCUUGCGACGGCGAGAAUCCUCACCAAGGCUGCCUAUGUCAUUCUGGCGGCGAUUCUCGCUCUGGCUACGGCAGAGAUGGUGUACCUCUUGACCCAGAAGGAUCGCAUUCCCGCCGGUGGUUGCUACUAUAUCCGCUUUGCGCUCGUCUCCGUACCAUUCUUGGCUGUCCGAACUGCCUAUGGCCUGUUGUAUGCGUUUACCAUUCACGAUCCGAACACCAUCUGGAAUCCCCUCGUCGGAUCGGCAGCUGCCUUUGCGUUGAUGUGCCUCUUGGUCGAGUACAUCGUGCUCAUGAUAUUCAUCUAUCUUGGAAUCCACAGGAUAUGGCACCCCUCCCAGCCGUCACAGGAGACCCAAGAUGCCAGCAAAGCUUCCACGACGGUAGCCUGA